CUUUUCACAAUGUCUGUCAAUAAUGUCGUGCUCAAGUCCAACUAUGCAGACCUCCUUGGAAAACAUCAAGAGGUGCCCUUUGAGCUAGCCUCUGAUGGCUUCGAAGUACUCACAUUUUCAUCCCCCACUUCAAGACAGUCGUUAUCUAUAGUUCUGAAUAGCAAUAAUAACAGUAGUAGUACAAGUAGAAACGAUGUGCAAAUACAUAUCACAGCAAAUGACGGGUACGUGUACCUCACGACGAAGAGAUUUGUGUUUAUCACAGCAUCUCUGGGAGAUAUCAAUACCUUUCUGAUAGAUGUCAAUUUGGCCCCAGUGAUUCAAUUAUCUCACCAAUUGAAGUCUCCUUGGUUCGGUGCCAACUACUGGGAAUUCAUCUUCUUUAGCCCUGCAAAUUUGGAGAUCGCUGCCAAUGGCUUUCCCAAGAAUCAAUAUUUCAAGGGCCAACUCAAGUUCAACGAUGGUGGGCUCUUUGGCUUUAUAGAGAAGUUCAAUGUUGUGUUGAAUGAUGCCGUGAAUAAUUCACAUAUAGACGAUCAGUUACCACUGUACAGUGAGAUUUAGGAAUCUUCGGGCAAGACUUCUAAUUCUGUAAACUACAACUAUUUUUUUAGAGUAGUUCAAAUUAUACACUUGGUCUACAUCCAUUCUUGUUCUGCGACAAAUGGUUGUAAUUCUAUACCAGU